AUGAGCGCCCCAAGUGCUCCUCGCAUGGACUUUUGUCGAAGAUGCGGCGAUCCAGUCUCGAGCGUGUCAGCGGGCAACGCUUCGAGGCACGAGCUGUCUCGUUGUCGCAAGUGCGGAGGUACGGCGACUCAAGCCAAAGUGAGGGAAUCCGAACCUGCAGAGGGGAGCAAGAGCCGAAAGGACCCUUGGGAGAGGAGGUGAGUGUCGCAUGCCAAUGACCUUGCUAGCGGCGGGCCGUCGACGGGGCCCGCGCGACCAACAUUCAACUCACACGUCUCACGCACGCAGCUACGUGUCGGGCUCGUUGAAGCUGGCAAACUCGGAUGAACAGUUCAGCCUCGCUUUCCCAUCAUCCACCCCAGCGUCAGCCCUUGCGCGGGCGCCAGUGUCGCGCAACGCACCUUUGGCUCUCGGUGUGCCUUCUUCCAUCUCUAGAGACUUGCGAACUCCACCACCACCACAAAGGCCUCGACUGUCAAGCGAUGCAGCCAUGCCGACCAUACAAGCUCCCGAUGGCCAGCUUUCCAAAGUGGUGGGAACGCUGCUCGCACCCGAGGAGCAGCGCAAGACGUGGAAGUGCGCAGGCUGCGAAGCUCCAUUUGUUAGAGAUGCUACGCUAUUUGCUGCUCCUACGGCCGCCACUUUGACCAGCACAUCACCAGGUGCGACGACGCCUCGCUCUGCCAAUGCAGCAUCUUCGGGCACGAGCACACCAUCCCAAUUCUUCUGUCAAGCGUGCUACUCGCAGCGCUUCUCUCUAGGCGUGUGUCUUGGAUGCAAGAAAGCCGUUCUGGGGUUGGUGAAAGAGGAAGGCAGAUUUGUCCGCGCUGGAGAUGAUGUGUGGCACGGCAAGUGCUGGGUUUGUCGGGAUUGCGGUACAAAGGACAGGGUGAUCCGAGGUAUGGAUGCCAUGCCCGUCUGCGAGGAAUGCUUCGAUCAGCCAAAGACACGUCGCGCUCCUGCAGUCAGCAUUGGAGCCACCACGGGAGCUGCGCACAGCUUGCCUGUACUGACCACCCGCCGGCAUUCACAAGAUCUUCGAAACCUCUCUGGGGCACCGGCAGCUCGCACAGCUAUGGGUGCCAGCAUUGCAGCACUCUCUGCUCGCUUCUCCGGAACUUCGAUUGCGCCAGCCGCUGCCAAGGUUCCGCCUUCCCCUCAGCUGCCUCCAGUACGCUCGGGUAGCGCUUCUCCUGCGAAGAUGGGUCCGCCACCUACCUGGGGCAACACGGCUGCAUAUGGCAACAAUGCGCCCUACUCAAGAUCGAGAACCAUGUCGGCUCUCGCUGGAGCUUCUAGCAGCGGCCUGGAUAAGGAGCAGUCAGGUCAGACCCCCUCUUCAACGGCGAUGCCCACGUCUGCGAGCUUGGCGAGUCUGCGCAGCGACUCUGGCUCUCUGAGUCGCACCAACUCCAUCGCGCGCUCGCUUUCUCGCACCAAUUCGCUGUCGAGACCAGGAUCUCCCACAAAGCCUCGACCCUUGACGGCGCAGUUCACUGGUGAAAAGUUUGACUUGGCAGCUUUCAGGAGCAGUCAGGCAGGCGCACAGGGCUCCAGUGGCCUGACCAGACAGGACAGCAGGAACGGCAAGAUGGAUCGCAAUGAUGGAGCAAGGUCGCCAGGAAAUGAGCCGCCAACUACGCAGGUGCCCAGGACUCGCAGCGGCUUUCCUCUGCCGGCCGGGAGUAGCAAGCGCGAAGACCUCAAGGGAGAGCCUGCUGCGAAGCCAGGCAGCGCGGGUCAAGAGGAAGUCACAUGUGCAGCUUGUGGUCGUCCCCCCUUUUUCGAAGAAGCGGGUAACAGCCGCAUGACUGUGGAGAUGGUCACGCUAUCCAGCUCGGGAUUGACGCUACACGCUCACUGCUUCCGCUGCGCUACCUGCGGCGAGCACAUUGACGGGUCUCGCAGCUUUGUCCGACUUGAGAACGACGAAGAGCAAAGCCCUGCAUUACAGAAGCACUUGCCUCGCUACGCUCAUCCGUCUUGUGCUCCAGUGCCUAAAGUGUAUCCCGUCAAAGUAAAUCUGAAUGGCGCAACUGAUUCAGCAGCUCCGACGACGAUGGUACAUGCCUCGGAACCUCACCACGUCACGCACCAAUCAGCGCCUCGACCUAGCUUGGGACCGAAUCCGCCACCACCGGCACAGAAAUAUGGAUUUAUCAGCAGCGCAAGCAGUCGAUCCCGCUCGACUUCUCCCUCGAAGGUUUCGUUCGGCACGGAUCUCUGCGCGUCCAACGACUCAUCGACUGAUGCGAAUCUUCAAGGGGAAGGGCGCAGACUCAGCAAUACUGGCCUGCACGCCUCGGGCCGACGAUUCCAGCCCACCUCGGGAGCUGCACCGCCUACACGCAGUACUUUGGACGUUCAACCGCCGUCGUCACGGGCUCGCGAUAUGAGGGGCAUCUUCAGCGGGGCUGCAAGUAGCCGGGCUCCGGCAAGCACUUCCUUAGCCAAGGAUGGCUCGGACGGAGGACCGCAACAGACUUUCCAAGCUGCUGCAAGCACCACCUUUGCGGGAAGAAAGCUUGGUGGUCUUUUGCAAUGUGCAGGAUGCAGUGUGGGCUUGACUUCGCUCGAGUCCGUGCCAGGACCAAGAGGGACGUCGUGGCAUCGAGGAUGUUUGCGGUGUGGAGGAAUAAGAGAAGGAGCAUCGACCGCCAGUAGGCGGAGCAGCUUGCAGAUCACCUCUAGAGCCAACCUGUUUGAGUCCUCUACCGGCAAAAGUAGCGCAUCGGAAGGGAAAAGGUGCGGAAAGCUGCUCGAUUCCGCUGCCAAGGUCAAUGCGGAGGGACAGGUCAGAUGCUCCGAGUGCUGGAGCGCCAGGGUGUGACCUCUUGGAGUUGACGCUACGAUCCAGCUCUGGCUUUCCCCAAGCAUCUUGUUCUGCUGUUGCUCGACAGAAGCCGAAUGCCAUGAAUUUGCCUGCUCAAUACACGAUUGGCUUUGGCUUUGGAGCGUAG